AGAAAUGCAAAAAGGCGUCUGAAUUCAACAAGUAUCAGGAGGGGACAAUCCACUAAACAUCUGUGAAGGUCCAUGGCUCAGCCAUACUUCUCUGCCCAUGCGCCCAGUCGGUCCCGGGUGCUGGCCAGACAGCAAGCCCAGCAGAGGGAGCAGGAAGCCCGGUUGCGGCAGCAGUGGGAGCUGCAUGCUCGGUACUUCCAGCAGCAGAAUGUCCGCAGUAUGAAACAGGCUGCGUGGAGCUCCCACCACUCCUACCAUCAGAGUAUGUCAGCAUACCAUAAUCAGAGAGUGAAGGAGGAGAAGAGAGUGAAUCUGGAGCAGCGCAGGAAUCGACUCAGGGCAAUGCUGGAAGAGGAGCAAAAGCAACUGGAGGCAGAGCUCCGGCAAGUGGUCCCGGACAGGAGCACUUUGACAAGUCAGUUAGUGCAAAAAACUGAUGAGCUCCGUACAGCGAGAGAGGAAAGAAGAAAAAAGCUUGCACAAGAGCUGCUGAAGGAGCACUGGAAGAAAAACAACACAGAGUUGCGAAAGGUUGAGUCGGCAUUACAUAAAGAUCAUGUUGUCGGCCAGUGGCAAGAGCAGAUAUCUGAGAAGAAACAGCAAGAAGAGGCAACGCAGGAGGAGAAGAGGUGGUUUGCAAAUGAGUAUGAGAGGACCAGAAAAGAGGCUCUGGAGAGGAUCAAAGAAGCGGAGGAGAAAAAGAAAGGAGAUGAGCGUCAGAGAGCAGAAGAACUUUGCAAGCAGAUGGAAGAACUGAAGCUGAGGGAACAAGAGGCGACUCGUCUAAAGAAGGAACAAGAGGCUCUGCUGGCCCAGCAGUGGGAGCUGGAGAAGAUAGAGGAAGAGAGGAGAAAGUUGGAGGAAAGGCGAAAGAAGACUGAGAUGGGGCGUUUCCUGAUCCGACAGUAUCGUGCUCAGCUGAGGAGGAGAGCCCAGCAGGUGCAGGAGGAACUGGAGGCUGACCGCAAGAUCCUGGCAGCCAUGCUGGAAGGAGAGCAAGACGACAGAAGGCUGGAGACCGAGCGAAGAGAAAGAGCUAUUGCUGAUGCUGCCUGGAUGAAGCGUGUGAUUGAAGAGCAGCUUCAGUUAGAGAGAGAGAGGGAGGCUGAGUUUGAAAUCCUUCACAGGGAAGAAGCUCAACAUGUGUGGGAGAAACGAGAGGCACAAUGGGAAAAGGAGAGGAAAGCCAGAGAGCGGCUCAUGCGUGAGGUACUUGUGGGGAGACAACAGCAGCUGGAUCUGAAGAUGCAGAAGAACCGUGAGGCUCAGGAGGAGUCCCUGAAGAGACGAGAAGAGCUGAUCCAGGAGCUGGAGACGGAGAGGGAGUUCAGACGCCGGGAGAAACAGCAAGAAGAGAGCCGCAGAACAGCACGGAUGCAGGAGAUAGAUGCUCAGGUGGAGCAGCGGCUCCAAGAAAAGUGGGAAGAGCAGCACAGGGUAGAGCAAGAGGAGGAGGAGGAAAGGGAGGCUCUCAGAAUCAAGGAGGAGGAGCUGAGGCUGGAGAUGGAGAGUAUGGCCAAGAAAGGGUACCAGGAGAAGGUAAAAGAUAAAAAUCAAGUUGCCUGUUAUGUGAAUGAGUUCUCAGAGGAGACAGGAUACUGAAUGUUGUGUUUACAAACUGUCUCCCUCUCAGAUUCACAGCAGACCUCGAACAGCCUG